AUGGAGGACGAUAGCAUUCCUGAGAGCGAGAGGUACCAAAUCCAACAGAUACGAGAGCUUGAAUCGGAGGAAUUGCAGGUCGAAGAAGUCGACGAAGAAUCAUCCGACGACGAUGAAACCAAUGGUCGUGGUUAUGGAGGGGCUUCAGCAUCUGGUGACUUGACAUUUGAUACUUGUUUGGCUGCUUUACAUACAUAUCUUGGCGAGGUUGAGGACACUCAUAAUAGGUUGGCUUUUUUGGAGGGUGGUGCUGUAUUGUCCCUUCCACUGUUUUACCUCGAAGGAGUUGUUCUAUUCCCAGAGGCAACCCUUCCCCUAAGAGUAAUUCAACCAAAUUUUAUAGCUGCUGUGGAAAGAGCACUGAGACAAGUUGAUGCUCCUUAUACUAUUGGUGUGGUUCAUGUUUACAGGGAUCCUGAUAAUGGGAGGAUUAGGUUUGCAACGACUGGGACAACAGCAGAGAUUCGGCAAUACCGUAGGUUAGAGGAUGGUUCAUUGAAUGUAGUUACUCGAGGCCAACAACGUUUUCAUCUGAGACGUCGCUGGAUUGAUGUUGAGGGAUCACCAUGUGGUGAGAUCCAAAUCAUCCAAGAAGAUUUGCCAUUAAGGACUCCACGUGAUGCAGUUGGACGACUAGAACCGUUAAGGAAUUUGCGGGCUAAGAGCCUCUUGCAAACACCACCUUUAAAUGCUUUGCAAUCCAAACGACAUGGCUAUGGAGACGAAGAUGAUGAUUCAGAUGCAAUGUCAGAGGGAAGUUUUGAGAGUGAACUUUCGCUAGCAGAAAGGAGGUUGCAUCAAUCUGCACUUGUUUCUUGUUCUGGUUCUGAUAUGAAUGACGAGUCAACAAGCAGUGACGAAGAGAAGUGUGUGCGCGAGUCAGGACUCCAGUUGUGUAGAUCUCAUUUAAAUGAUCACAUGGGUCCAUUGCAUCCAGAGAAUGACGAAAGGAGAGAGAAUACUGGCCCAGUAAUUGAGAAAAGUAUUAUUCCAAACGCCAAAUCUUGCAAAGGGGUAGGAUGGAAAAAGGAUUCAAUAAGUCGGCUGCGGGAGAUUCCAAGAUCUUUCUGGCCCAAUUGGGUUUACCGAAUGUAUGAUUCAUAUUAUCUUGCUCAAAGGGCAGCAG